AUGCUAGAUGUGAACACAUCAGCUGCUGUUUCAGCCACUGAACUUCUCCUGAAGAGUGUGGAAGCCGAGUUCCCCAAACAGAAGAAGAAGUUAGCCAUUGUAGAAUUCAAGAAGACAAAAGUAGCACUCAAGAGACGCAGUAAAAGCCAUGAGGAAGAUAUGGGUAAUAUCUACCUUCACUUCCACAAGAUAUCCUCAUUCACAUCUUCAGUUUCCUCGAUGCAUCGUCCUUACUUUCUGCAUCUCAAGUGUCUCGAGGAUAAGUCAUCAAAGGUUAUAAGAUCUGGUCGAGGUUACUGCGAUAACUGCAACUCCAUUGUUUGGCACGACAACCUGAAAUGUUCGAAGAAACAAUGUCGGUUGAUGAACUUUGGCAAGGAGCCACUCGAACCCAUGUCGACUCAACGGGUUGUUAACUAUCUACUGGGGACAUAUAGUUCGUCUGAUGACAGUGAUUCAGAUGAUGAAGCCAUUCCUGGAGGACCUGGACUAUGGGCUUAUCCUACACUACACUAG